AUGGAACAGCUGAGAGAGAGCUCAAAAGAUACAAUUUUGAUAAAUCGUGCCGACGUGCCACGUUUGUCGUUGCGGUCAUGUUUGACACAGCCACUUGCCCCCGACUGGUCUGAGUCCACUGCCACCGCGAACGGCGACGCGCACGACUCAUUCACGUUGGUUUUCGAUCUACGCCGUUGUACAGAAACUGUCGUAAGUCAGAAAGACCUGCCAGCACUGUUAUUGCCCCCAUUCGAUCCUGGCCUCCUACAUUCCAACCCUCAGAAUUCUCCCGGACAUUGGAGGAAGAAGCAAAGGAAGGAACAGUGCGAUAUCGAUUUCGCUUCCCUGCGUCUGAAGUUGGGACAAACGGAAGCGAGGAAACGGCGCAUAGAAACCUGCAUCGCACAACGUCACACUAUUCUCUGCUGGAAGCUUCCAGCAGAAGUGCAGACAAAGAAGGUUACUCUUCAAGACUCCGGGAUAUUUGCUUCCCCGAAGCGAAAGACAAAGACAUCCCCUUCAAGAUUCCGGGAUGUUUGUUUGACCGAAGCGAAGGACAUUGAAUACCCUUAAAUAUGUCUCAUCACCGAUUUGGGGUCCGGUGAUGCUGGCGCCACGCUCAGUAGUAUAUUCGCAGGUUAUCAUUAUGUCGGUGGAGCUCAUACGUUGAUUUUCCAGCCACUGUACCCGCAGUGACAGCAGCCUCAGGUUCUUGAAGUUCUCCGUUCUCUGCGCUUCGUGACUCUGGAAACGAAUGAAUUGGACUGUAUUCAGAGAGAGACAGGAGGAGCAUUGUGAUUGUGGCGGAGGAUUUCUGCUGGUCUCCACUUACAAAACAUUCAACCUCUCAUGUGUGCUUCUGAGCGAAGACGGGGCCAAUGCAAUUCGAAUGGGGGCC